ACCAAGGGUUUUCCUUCGCUUUUGAAUUUUAAAUCUGUGCUUAAAAUAACUUUUUUUGUAACGAAAUGGAUGUAAUAAGGAAGCAUUACAAAGUAACGUGUUCGUUGAUGGAGUAGGUGAAGCUUCACAUCCAGAGUCCCAACUAUAGCCAAGCUUUGGGGACGUUUAUGGCGUCUAGCAUCGUUGCUUGCGAUGCGACGACAUGCCUGCGUUUGGGGGAAUUCGGCGCGGAAAAGGCAGGUACUAUGAACGAACUGCUUUCCGUGCUUGUGAGUGAAUCGACGAUGAAGGGAGAACCGCGGGAUAACAUGCUAUCUAUGGGUUAUAAGCGUGCAUGCAUCUGACCUGUCACCUGUGAAUGGCUGUGAUCGUGAAAGACCCUUCAAGCAGCUAUCAUAACAGCAUGGACUCCUUCGUGCAGUCUGAUAUGUUUGAAAGUUUGAAGCGCUACACGAGCUCAUUGGAAGCGACUUGAUGCUUUACUUCAUGAAAAAUUUAAGCUUGUUCGUCAAGGAAGGCUCUUGCUUCGUGCAGGCGAUCGGAAAACCGAUCAAUGAAGUUGUUUGGAAUGAGUCGAAGGUCCCCGCGGAAAAAGGUCAAAAGAUGUAAAGAAACCUUCCAAAGAUUUGGUGAGCCGCAAAAUAACUGGUGUUGUUGGCCAUGAUAAACGCUGGUGUUUUCCAGUGGACCAUGUUAUGGAGAAGUCGCCAUGUAGCACCAUUGGGGCCCGCGCUUUGAUGAAGGAGAUAUUCGCCAGUGACCAAACAUCAAAAUACCUUGAAGAUUCAUUUGAAGAUUUUGUGUUGUUCCUGCGAAGACAUAAGUCCUGCCCAUUUAAGAAGCUGUUAGUUAACAUUUGCCCAGGAUCCAAGAGCCUUGAAAGUGUUCCAUUCCAUCAGUAUUUAUCAAUGGGAGUUUGCGAUUGCGAAAACCAAUAUCGGGUACUUUUCAUUGAGGUAUUCAUGAUAGAGUUUGUUAAUAAUUAAUGAAUAAUGAAUUUUGAAUUUCGAAGAAAGCCACAUAAUGGACGUUGGUACAGACUAUAUAAGUGUGCAAAGUUUUAAGCUUCUGUGAUAAAAUCCUGCAAAAUUAGCUUGUUUCAAGCAUUGCUGACUGCUCUCAAAUUACAAAGCUGAGAAAAUCCCAUGUGAAAGCUUCCAUUUGAUAAAUGUAUCUCAAAGAAGGUCUCAAUAGGCUACUCUUUCAUAAGUUACUUUUUCUCUCUCUUCUGUCUCGUCAAUAUAUUUUUUCUUAGAUGCCUUAAUGUUUUUCUCCUUUUUUUUUGUUGCAUCUUUGACCUUUGGCCGGAGAAAGUUGUUUUCUUCGGAGAUCACAGUUUCGGGCACGUUCAAAUGUAAAUACUCCUGGUUUUAAUAUCCACGUCCUCAAGGGUCUUCAAGGAACCAGGCGCGAGACACUCUUUGGCGAGUCCGUUUAAAAUCUAAAAUUUCGUUCACAGCUGAAAUCCAUGCACCCUGGCGCAACCAUCGACACAUGAACUAGCCGCACUCUCUUCUCACAGUUGAAGACGUGAUUUAUUAGCGCGUUCCAGCUUUGCUUGCGCCUCGCUCAUCUCUUUAGCAGUAUCGAUGGCCUCGUUCACUAUCUUAGGCCCCCGGUUCCAAACGAACUCAGCAAGGUCUGUCUUACUCUCUUCUUACCAUUUAGCCGCCAAUGCCAUCAGUUACAGACGUGUCUUAUUUUUUUUGUUCUGUAUUAUGUGGACAACGUCAACCAUGUACACGACCAGUCGUUCUCGUUUUUUGCGCUUGCAAAACUUUCCUGCCUUUUUUACAUUAUUUUACGCCCCCCCCCCGUAAAUUGAGUAUACUUUUCCUUAAAGGAGCAGUGUCAUCGUGUGCGCAUCUUUUCUGCGCACGUGAACUUGAAAAACUACUGCCGUAGUUUUUCAAGUUUUCCAGUCCAAUAUGGCGGAUUCGCGAAGAGGCUUGCACGGUGGCAAACGAAAUAAUUGCGGCCGGAAAAGGAAGUACGAAGGACGAAAUGCACAGAAAAAUUGGGACAGAGAACACAGAAGAAUAUUUGUAUCCUUGACGAUAUUUAAUUCUUGGAAAGAUGCCAAAAGUAUUGCAGGAUAUGAGUUACGUAGUGACAGUGAAUUUGCAGCACAUCUACUUUCACUGGAAUAUCGAAGAAGAUUAUCAUUAUUAUACAGGUCUGAUGAAACAAGGGGAUACAUUCAGCCAGCUGAAUGCCCUGAACCAAGUUCGAACAUUAUAAAUAUAAACACAAUAGGCCAAAACGUAAUAUCAACACCGAUAAAGAAGACAAUGAAGGAUGUAUUGUAUAAACUUCCCGCAAUAUGCGAGUCUCCCAUUCUGGCGGGAAAACAUGAGGGAACAGAAGAAAAUGAUGAAGUGGAGAAUACUCAACGUUUUCAAGAGGUUGAGAUGGCAACACACGAUGAAUGCAUUGGAUAUUCUCCAAUCCAUGAGUCAUUUGUAUCUGUUGGGGGAAACACUUCAUUGUUUACAGAUGAUGAGGGUGAUGCAUCGGAAGAAAAUUCUGAUGAAAAUAACAGACAACAUGACAUUUCCUAUUCAGCCCUGCAAUAUUUGAAUGCUGACAGGGAUCUAGAAAGUGAUGAUUCAGAGACAAGCAGUCUGGAAGAUAUCGAUUCAAUCAUUAAUAAUUCAACUGCUUAUUGUGAAGAUGAAAGUGAAGAUAGUUUAGAGGAAGAUAUGCAUAUUGACUAUGAAGAUGAGCAUGACUACAAUGGUGGGGAUUUAAGUAGUGAUGAUGAAGUACUGUCAAGUUUGGAACAGCAGACAUCUCAAAACUUUCACAAUAUGGUCACUACAGAAGUUGCAUACGGUCCACACAAAAAACUGAGCAGAGGUGACGAGAUAUGCAUGCUAAAACAAGAGUACAAAACAGUAACUGAAAGGAAGUUCAUAUGCUCGCUUGAUUUGCUGUUAGAAGUGUUUCAAAGUCGUUGCCAAAUACCUGGCUGUGUUCAAAGUCCUACAGUAAAUCAUCAUUUUAAUGGAACAACUUUAAUUGUGAGUUGUUCCUGCUCAUCAGGUCACAAGUACAGAUUUACCUCAUCACAUAAUAUUAAUGGGAUAUAUGCCAAUAACAUUCAGGCUGCAGCAUCACUUUUGUGUUCCGGAAACAGUUUUGCUAAAAUUCAACGUCUUUCUAAGUUCUUUGGUUUGGCAUUCUUGUCAAAAUCAACUUAUUAUAGACUUCAACGGGUUUACCUAAUUCCUACGAUCAAUGAAUGGUGGUGCUGGAUGAGAAAACAACUCCUUCACGAAUUAUCAGGGGAAGAUGUUGUAGUGGGAGGCGAUGGUCAGUGCGACUCACCUGGAUACAAUGCAAAAAACUUAUGCUAUUUUAUGGCUGAUCUGAAAACCAAUUAUAUCAUUGACAUCCAAAUCCUAGACAAAAGACAUGUCAAGCUGGUAUCAAAUAAUAUGGAAAGAGAGGCUGCUCAGAGAGGAUUGGAGAGCUUGUGUCAGGACAUUAAAGUGGUUGAAUUUGUAACUGACGCAUCAUCAUCUGUGAAAAUAUUGCUUGAAACACAAUUUAAAGACAUUGUGCAUGGCCUUGAUGUUUGGCACAAGGCCAAAAGUAUCAAGAAGUGUCUGACAAAGAUUGGUAAGCCUAAAGCAAUGCAAAAAAUUAGAGAUUGGUCCGCUCAUAUUGUGCGACACUUUUGGUACUGCUCAAGUUCGUGUGGAGGAAAUGAAACAUCUCAUGAGGAAGCUCUUAGAGCAAUGAAGGAUAAGUGGAUUGCAUUACUACACCAUGUCUGCAAUGAGCAUGAUUGGAUAGGUGGAUCUUGUGACCAUGAAGAUGGUGAACACGACACAAGCUUGCCAUGGUUUGAUAACAGAGAUGCAGACUUUAUUGAACUUCAAAAAGUCAUUUUAAAUCCUGACCUGCUUGCAAGCUUCAAGUACUACACACAAUUCCGGCAUACAGGCUCCAUAGAAUGUGCAAACAGUCUGAGCUUAGUAUAUACUCCAAAAAGAAUGCCAUUCAGUUACAGAGCAUUCAAGGCAAGAAAGCAAUUGACAGCUAUAGAUUGGAACUUUCACAUUAAUCUCCCACAAGCUAAGAACAAGAGUACUGGAGAUGUGAUGGUCACACGGAAAUACAACCCUAGAACAAGAAAAUGGGAUGUAAAGGUUGUGAAAGUGGAAAAGGGCUAUGACUACAUCCCAUUACUAAUUGCAAAGGUUUUCAGAAGCAGAGAAGAUGAUAAUGACAGUGUCACACGAAGUGUGCCUCUGAAUGAAAGUGACCCUGGCCUUAUUGCCCAAACAAUUGCACACAUAGUUCCACCUCCCACAAAAGAAAUUCCUAAAAGAAGUAGAUUUGAACAGAAGAAAUAAGUAUCAUUAACUGUUGCU